AGCGCGAGCUGAAGCUGCAAACGGUUUAGUUCCUCGCCGUAAACAUAACUAGUCACAACAUCGCGGCACAGAGCGGAACCGACCGCCGACAAUCAGUUAACCAGUUAAUCAGAUUUAACCAGUUGAGAGCGAACCGAAGCUGGGAACAGGAGCAAGUUUCUCUAGACGAGCAAAAGGCCAACGGGGGCAAAGUGAACGUGCGACUUGUUUGGCGGUCUUUUAUUUUUAUUUCUCGCGUUUUUGUUGCUACUUUUGUUGUUGUUGUUGUUGCUGGCAAGACCAGAAAUUCAUUGUCAACACUGCCCUCGCAUUCCAAGCCAAAAUGCCGCGCAUGCCAAUGAACGCGGUGGCAGCGACGCCGCAGCUGCUGUUGCUGCUGUUGUUGCUGGCGUUGUCGGCGCCGCAAACAUUCGCCCGAUCGGCCAGGACAACUCUUGCCCCGGAUACGCUUGCAGAGGAAGAGACAACAUAUGCAGGCGCCAUCGAGGCUUACACGCUUACCCUUGCCGUAGACUCGGAUAUCAUACUGACAACUGAGGACGGCUUGCAGGCGUUCACACAACUGUCGGACUACGGGCAUACCACCACGGAGGAGCCAUUGCCGGAUUCUGUGCUGCAGCAGCUGGCACGGGAGCGGGCCGAGCGGGAGCAAAACUCUACGACUAAUGCAACGACAACAGACGAAGAUCCCAAUUUGUCGGAGAAAUUAAUAGCACAUAACACGACAUUUGCUAAAACAACAGAAAAACAAACAACAUUAACAGAGAAUACAACAGAAGAAAAUACAACUGAGCAGCUUGUUAGCCGCAGCGAAUUAAGCAACAGUGCCAUAGUCAAAAACAUGAACACUGCACAGAGCACGGAUGAUCUGCUUAUGGAAGAAGAAAGGCAGGAAUCCUUCAUACAAACGGCUGCUUUAUUGCCGGAUCUAGCCCUCUUUUUAACUACAGAAAAGACUGCCAUGCUAGCCGACGAAGCCGCAUCAGACGAUGUCGAGGAGAUCACCAGUCUACCAUUUAUACAAGUGGAUCUCAAUACCAGUGGACCCCUUCCAUUCGAGGCCAUGUCAGCGGGCCCUGACAUGAUGCGUCCGGAACAAACUACAUGGAUGGAAAACCCAGCAGAGCUAAUGGAAUCCACCCCAGAGGCAGAUACGCUCAAUUUUAUGACAACGACCCAGCAGGCACCAGAAGAUGAGCCACAGCUGGAGACAGUCGCUAAGGAGGUUAAAGACCACACCAACGAGAAUCUACUCAGUGGUAUGAAUUCGAAUAUUGUUACUCAAAAUGUUCAAAUGCAGCCAGAAGUAGAUCUAAACACCACCGCAGAGCCACAGGCAGAGCUCACUACAGCCAAUGUCGCGACGGAGAGCAACACCAUCGUCACCACUGAAUCAGUGGCUGAAACUACAAUUGCACCGCCCAAAGAGCAGUCCAUGCUGACAGUCAUUAUCAUGAGGACAACGACGGAAGCACCGGAAACCACAACAGCGUUGCCAACCAUCAGCAGCAGCAUCACUACAAGUACCACCAACAGCAGCCCCACCACCACCAGCAUCCCGACUACCAGCAGCACGACCACAAGCAGCACCAGCAUCCCGACCACCAGUAUCCCGACCACAAGCAGCACCUCCACAAGCAGCACCUCCACAAGCAGCACCACUAGCAGCACCACCAGCAUCCCGACCACGACCAGCACCUCCACAAGCAGCAGCACCACCAGCAUCCCGACCACAAGCAGCACCUCCACAAGCAGCACCACCAGCAGCACCACCAACAUGCCGUCUACCAGCAUCCCGACCACCAGCAGCACCACAAGCAGCACCACCAGUAUCCCGACCACCAGCAUCCCGACCACAAGCAGCACCUCCACAAGCAGCACCACCAGUAGCACCACCAACAUACCGACUACCAGCAUCCCGACCACGAGCAGCACCUCCACAAGCAGCACCACCAGCAGCACCACAAGCAGCACCACAAGCAGCACCACAAGCAGCACCACCAGCAGCGGCACCACCCUGAGCAGCCUCAUCACCAGCAGCACCACCACAGAAGAAAUUCCGAAUCCAUCCACCGAGCCGAUAGCUCAGGCAACACGUGCGCCACGCAUCGAACGCAUCUUCAACUCGGAUGGCGUCGAGGUGCUUUAUGGUUACUCAUCGGUGGUGCGCACGAACCGCUCCUAAAGGCGCACCACACGCAAAUUACCAAAAAUUACCUUGUGAAGGUCAACUUGCCAUACUAAAUCACAAAAAUAUUUAAAUACAUUUUCGAGCACAACAAAAGUAUUGCGGUGGAUUUUCCAAAUUCUAAACGAGCUAAAUCAUAAAAUAUAUUGUGAUAAACGAAAAGAAAGAAGAUGGAAACAAUACAAAAAAAAUGUUGUGCAAAUUAAUGUGUGGCUAAAGAAACGAUUUUAUAAAUUAUAAAUAAAACAUGAAUUACAAUAAUCAA